CUCGUGCCCGCGCAGGUGUGCGGGAGCGCGCAGUGUCCCGUUAGGUCCCGGUGUGGAGUUGAGGAGGAUGGAGGUCCGACCCGAGCGAUUUAAAGCAGCAGCGGCGAAGACGCUCGGCAGGAUACACCGGGUUCUAGAAAAGCGGCAAGAAAAUGGCGAGACGAUUGAGUUAUCCGCGGAGGGUCGUCCAGAGCUUCAGGAAGAGAAGGAACUUCCUGUGGUGGACUGCACGUGUUUUGGUUUGCCGCGACGGUACAUCAUCGCUAUUUUGUCAGGACUUGGAUUUUGCAUCUCAUUUGGUAUCCGCUGUAACCUGGGUGUGGCCAUCGUCAGUAUGGUGAACAACCACACCAUCUACAGAGAAGGCAAGCCAUACGUUGUGAAUGCUCAGUUUACAUGGGACCCAGAGACCGUCGGAAUGAUUCAUGGAUCAUUUUUUUGGGGUUACAUUGUCACCCAAAUUCCUGGAGGUUUCAUCUGCCAGAAAUUUGCCGCCAACAGGGUAUUUGGUUUUGCAGUCGUAGCCACGUCUGUCCUAAAUAUGAUGAUUCCCACAGCAGCACGAGUACACUUCGGUUGUGUGAUUAUGGUGCGGAUACUACAGGGCCUUGUUGAGGGUGUUUCUUAUCCGGCUUGUCAUGGGAUCUGGGCAAAAUGGGCUCCACCCCUAGAAAGAAGUCGUUUGGCCACAACAGCGUUCUGUGGUUCAUAUGCAGGUGCUGUGAUUGCCAUGCCAUUAGCUGGAGUUCUAGUGCAGUAUUCAGGCUGGUCCUCAGUCUUCUAUGUAUAUGGUAGUUUUGGGGUCUGCUGGUACAUGUUCUGGAUUCUGGUGUCAUAUGAGAGUCCAGCGGCUCACCCCACCAUCACCCCAGAAGAAAGGAAAUACAUUGAAAAUGCCAUUGGGGAAUCGGCUGGAUUAAUGAACCCUGUGACGAAGUUUAACACUCCCUGGCGUAAGUUUUUCACAUCGAUGCCCGUGUACGCCAUUAUCGUGGCUAAUUUCUGCAGGAGCUGGACAUUUUACCUUCUUCUCAUCAGUCAACCUGCGUAUUUUGAAGAGGUGUUUAAAUUUGAGAUCAGCAAGGUCGGUAUCAUCUCUGCUCUUCCUCAUCUGGUGAUGACCAUUGUCGUGCCGAUCGGAGGACAGCUGGCCGACUAUCUGAGGAGUCACAACAUUAUGACAACUACAAACGUCAGGAAAAUGAUGAACUGUGGCGGCUUUGGGUUGGAGGCCACAUUUCUUCUGGUGGUUGGUUUCUCUCACACUAAAGGUGUUGCCAUAUCAUUUCUUGUCCUUGCUGUUGGAUUUAGUGGCUUUGCAAUCUCUGGGUUCAAUGUUAAUCAUUUGGAUAUUGCACCACGGUAUGCCAGUAUUCUAAUGGGUAUCUCCAAUGGCGUUGGCACUCUCUCUGGCAUGGUGUGUCCUCUAAUCGUUGGUGCCAUGACCAAAAACAAGACGCGGGAGGAGUGGCAAUAUGUGUUUCUCAUCGCUUCACUCGUUCAUUACGGUGGAGUUAUCUUCUAUGGUCUUUUUGCGUCCGGAGAGAAGCAGUCGUGGGCGGAGCCAGAGAACAUGAGCGAGGAGAAAUGUGGCAUAUUAGGAGAAGACGAGCUGGCGGAUGAAACGGAAGAGCUGUACCGCUCAGGGGGCGGUGGCUAUGGAGCGACUAUCCAAUCAGGUGACCCCAAUGGGGCGGGGACAGUAGGGGGUGGAGCUGGAGGAAGCUGGACCUCAGACUGGGACAAAACGGAGGAAUAUGUCCAACCUGUCGGCACGAAUAGCUUCCUGUAUGGAGGAGAAGAGGACAGGGGGCUAACGGAAUGAAGGACCGAAUAUUCCUUUCUUAUAAAAAUGAACUGGGACAAGGGAAGAGGUUUUAACCCAAACCAAUCAAAAUCAUGUAAUCAAUACAACACCAUUUUUAGUGAUAUCACAGCAAUAGAUUCUGCAAAGGACUGUGUUGGUGUGAGAGUGAGUGUGUGUGUCACGAAAAACAUAUAUUCAAGUGUGUACACAUUUUUGCCUAAUAGUGUAUUUUGGCAUAUAAUCUGAUCAGUAAAGGUUCAACAUUCUUAUUGUUAUAAAAUAUUAGAGCCAUCCUGCCUAAAUUGUGACAAUCCUGAAGUGUGUAAGAUGUGAUGCUUACACAUGAAAUUAUCCUCAGGUCGUCUUUUGCAGAACAACUGAAGUAUAUUUCCAAAAUGAUAAUCAUUUAGAGAAUUGAUCUCAUGUGCCAAUACUGUGAGGUGUGUGUAGUAUUGGUCCCUUUGCAAUGAGAAUCUAAUUUAGAUAAAUACAGUCAAAGUAUAGGGAUAAAAAACUAAAACCAUUUGGGUGAGCUGAGAGCAGCAUUGAGAUACUUAAUAGUUGGUUUUUAAUAGCUAAUGCUUUUUAUCUGUUUUUUUUAUGUGUUUAAUUUAUAACUAUAUAGUUAAAAGAAUGUUCCACCCCAGUUAAAGGGAUAGUUCACCCAAAAAUGAAAAUUCUCUCAUCAUUUACUCACCCUCAUGCCAUCCCAUGUGUAUGACUUUCUUUCUUCUAAAAACUUUUGUUUGUGUUCUGCAGAAGAAUAUUUCAGCUCUGUAGGUCCAUACAAUGCAGGUCAACAGGGUCCAAAACUUUGAAGCUCAAAAAAGCACAUAAAAGCAGCAUGAAAGUAAUUCAUAUGACUCCAGUGGUUUAAUCCAAGUCUUCUGAAGUGAUUUGAUAGGUGUGGGUGAGAAACAGAUCAAUAUUUAAGUCAUUUCUUUUAGUACAAAUCGCCACUUCCAAGCAGCCCCGCUAAGCGCUCUUCUCUCCUAAGAGUUCUUCUUUUGUUUUUGGCGAUUCACAUUCUUCGUCCAUAUCUCAACUUACUGGGCAGGGAGGAGAAUUUAUAGUAAAAAAGGACUUGAAUAUUAAUCUGUUUCUCACCCACACCUAUAAUAUCACUUCUGAAGACAUGGAUUUAACCACUGGAGUCUUUAUGCUGCCUUUAUGUGCUUUUUGGAGCUUCAAGGUUUUGGACACUGUUGACUUGUGUUCAGCAGAAGAAAGAAAGUUCUAUACAUCUGGGAUGGCAUGAGGGUGAAUAAAUAAUGAGAUCAUUUUCUUUUUUUGGGUUAGGGUUAUUAACCUAUCCCUUUAAGCAAUAUUGAUAGAAUUUGUGGCACAAUGUUAAUUACCACAGGAAAUAAUUUCAACUAUUUCAUUCUUCAAAAAGCAUAAAUCAUGUUUACAGUAAUACAUUUACAGUAGAAGUCUAUGGGGGCACUGUAAAGAUUUAAUAGCAGAAAUGUGAAGCUCAUAUUUUUGUUAAAGCACUAACACGUCACUGAAUAUGUUAACAUGAACUAAUGUGAACUAACAAUGAACAAUUUUAUUUUUAUUAACAAGCAAUAACAAACAACGGAGGAGAUUUUGUAUUUUUGUUUCUCCCCUUUUUUUCCCCAAUUUGGAAUGCCCAAUUCCCAAUGUGCUCUAAGUCCUUGUGGUGGCGUAGUGACUCGCCUCAAUCCGGGUGGCGGAGGACGAAUCUCAGUUGCCUCCACAUCUGAGACCGUCAAUCUGCGCAUCUUAUCACGUGGCUUGUUGAGCGCGUUACUGCGGAGACCUAGUGCGUGUGGAGGCUUCACGCUAUUCUCCGCGGCAUCCAUGCACAACUCGCCACGUGCCCCACCGAGAGCGAACCACAUUAUAGCGACCACGAGGAGGUUACCCCAUGUGACUCUACCCUCCCUAGCAACCGGACCAAUUUGGUUGCUUAGGAGACCUGACUGGAGUCACUCAGCACGCCCUGGAUUCAAACUCGCGACUCCAGGUGUGAUAGUCAGCGUCAAUACUCGCUGAGCCACCCAGGCCCCCAAGGGAGUAGAUUUGUCAUGAAGCAUUUCAAUGUUCCCACUGAUAAUGGUAUAAAUAACUGGGGGUUGUACUUGCUUGUUUUUAUUAUUGGGUGGUUACAUCCCCCCCAUCCCCUUGGAAUCUACACCCCUGUUAACAAAGAUUAAUAAAUGCUGUAAAAAAUAUAUCAUUCAUUGUUAGUUCAUGAUAGCUACUUUAAUGCAUUAAUUAAUGUUAACGAUAUUUCACUUUUCUCGUAUCCUUCCGUGUAUCACGCAAAAGUUACAGACUUUGGUUUUUAUGACUUAAAAAUGUAUAUAACUUUGAUCAGACUAUCAGGUUAGUAAGUGAUUCUGUCCCACUAAACUCUUAUCUGAUAUUUAAGUGUAAUGGUUAUAAUUGCUAAACUUUGAGUAUUUUAACGUUGACUUUCUUGCCCCCUAUAAAGAGCACUGAAAUGUUUACAGUAGCUGAAGAUAUUUUCAACAUUAUGCUUCAAAUGCUCUCGAUAAGAGCUUAACUUCAUAUAAUGUUUACCUGGAAAAUUCAUUUCAUCUCUAUUUUGUUUUAUUAAAUCUUCGUUCGGCCUUUGCCAUUGGGUUCUAAAUGCAACAAAAAAACGGUGACAGUUUGCAUGAGGGGCUGGAUCGACGGUUGUAAUCGGUGUUGACAUGAACAUUUUACUGAUUUAUCCCAAGAGAGAUGGUUAUUUCUGUCUCGGUGUAACAGCCACGGUUCAGUCAGUGUGUUUAGCUGUUUAAUCGCACAUGAAGAUGAGAGAGAGGAGGGAAAAUAGUCGAGAUGGCGUAUGCAGGUAAAGUGGAGACUGUACAGAAAAAUAAAAAGAAUAAUAAAAGUGUAACUAAAUUAAAUGCCAUCAGAUGUUAUAUUGGCACAAAUCAAAUACGUAAAAGUAUGUUCACCGUCAGACAGUUUAUGUUCUCCAGCAUGGCACAAUUGACAUUUUAAAUAAACACUACGCACAUAUCAACAGCAAUAUGUAAGAACAGAAACAGGAUAAGUGUUAAAUUACAUUAUUUUCAAGAGUGAACUGUUUCUAGAAAGAACUUUUAGUCACUUUAGAGUCAUUCGUAUAGACGAAACAUCACUUGGGUUGUUUGUUUCUUUUGGGUAUGUGUCCUACAUAUCUGUUCCAUGUUGUGAAAUGUGAAUGUAUAAAAGUUGUGAUAAAGCGACUUAUAAGAUUACA